AUGACAUUCCCUCCCCCUCCCCCUUCCGCCCAAUCAUCGAUUGCUUCUGGCACUGAGAAGUCUUCUUCCUCGAGGUCUUCAAGAUCUCAACAGUCAGUCUGGGGUUCUCCUGCUCCCCAGUCGGGUCUACGUCGUGGGUUGACUCCGCUCGCGACCAGCAACCUUUCAUCUUCGUCGACUGCCGCAGCGCCUUCCCGCAGGCCGCCCCAGUCGAGCAGUCCCGGUCCGGGCAUCUCGACAUCAUCUCCUCUGACCUCGACUUUCUCCGCCGUUCUGACUUCCUCCAGCCGCCUCUCAGGUGGCCGCAAGCCCCCGUCGCCGGCUUCCACGCCGUCGCCUUUUAGCUCGUUCCAGCAACCUGGCUCGCAACAGCCGUCGCAGCCCGGACAGUCUCUCUCAUCUCCCAAGUCCAGGGCCCAUACUCCGUCCUCGGGUUCUCACCUGGCUUCCACAGCGGGCUCCGUCGCGGGAGGAGGAGGCAGUGGGGGAGGAGGUGGUGGGCCGGGUUCCUCUAGAGGGGUCGCCUUCUCUCCACUGUCAUCUGGUACAACGAUAAACUCUCCGACCGGUUUCUCUUCUGACAAACCGGGAUCAGCGACGUCGGGUUCAGGCAACGCAAACCAGUCAUCACUGGCAAAAAUUUCCAUUGCACAAGUCUUUCUCUUACUCGAUUCUAUUUCGGAUAAGGAAGGGAAAGAGAAGUGGGAGACAAAGGCCGCACAGAUUCAGAAGCUUGUUGAAUCCAACGGAAUGGAAGUGUUCUCAAAGUAUUUCCGCCGCCUUCUCACCGGCAACGCUCCUCAAAUUUUUCCCGGCAUGAACAAGGUCGUGGAAAAUGCGGGGAAUUAUCCUCUUCUCGUUCAAGAGAUGCAAAAAGUCUCUCAAGACCUAGAUCAGGCGCAAAAGAUUGCGGAGACUAUCGAUACUUCGGAGGGUGACAUCUUUCGUGACUUUGAUCUUUCCACCUUUCUUGACCACUUCAAGCUCGACCCCUUGAUCAAAGUCUCUCUGGCUCUCGCAUUCAAAACUGCCAAUAAAUCCGAUUUGCGUGCGAAAGCGGACGCAAUCUUGACAAACAGCGUUACCCCAUUCCUGCAGAGUCUUGCGAAUCCGACCGAAUCAAACAAGGACUUUAGCGCUUCUUUCUUAGGCCUGACGAUCGAACGCUUCAUCCUAUAUCCACCGCGCAACUUCAACGAUGAGGUGAAAGAAGGAUUAUUCUAUUCGGCCAGGAUGCGGUAUCAGAAGUUAGGAGUUGACCUUCCUUCGGAGAUCGCCUCUGCGUUGCAGAUGUUCAACUUCAACAACCCUCGUCUGGUCCUUGUGCGACAACUUCAUCUGAAGGGGCCAAAGGCCACUGCGACUCAGGAGGCUGUGAACGAAGUCAUGAACUCGGCUGGGCCAGAAAGCUGGAGCGAGGAACAUAUUGGAAAUGCUCUCCUCUUUAUGGCAUCGUCGCAGUAUUCGCGACAAUACUCUCUUGAAGUGUUCCUCAAAGCUGUCCGGGCACACUAUGGAGACAAGCCGAUCAACUGGUCUCUGCUUUUCCGAACCUUUGAUCGCGAAGAGCUGAGGAUAACUCCAGAACAGUUUAGCAUACUGUACACAGCGCUCCUUGGUGUGGCAGCUGAAGACUCCAGCUUAGACGUCCAGAAACUAUGGGGCGGUAACUGGGAGCAUCGGGACACUCAGCUCUCAUUCUUAGCAGCCUUCAUUUCUUCACGAGUCGAUCCAUCACAAAUCCCUAACUUUAGGGCAACGUUCGCCGCCGAUCUGUUUGAUGAUGGCCCAGAAGCAGUGCGCAUGCAGGCCGAACUAGCGAAGAAGUCGCCACUGCGGUCUCUGGACGCUAUGAAAGCGAUCUUUGAUCUUGCUCUGUAUUCGCAAGCUUCCUGGGCAUCAACAGACAGCCAGCUGCUGAUAAAAACCGUCGUCCAACAUGAUCUUCCGGUCUUUCUGAUUUCGAGUCUGUCGCUCCCGCCGCCUUGGACCCCCGUUCAACAAAGCUUUGUCCUUCGCACCCUUGUUGUCUUCAUUUUGAAACAAGAGGAAGGCCACGAGCUCGCCCUUUACGGGGUUUGGAAAAAGGAUCGUCAAUGGCUCGCGGAACAGCUCUUUACCGUGUUCACUCAAGACCCGACCACCACUGCAGCAAUCUAUGAACAUGCUGUCGAGAAGGAAUGGCUGGAGUACCUCUUGAGCUAUACCAAUGGCCUCGCGUUGGAUCUCGCUUCCUUGGCCCAUCGUAAAGAAAACUUCGAUCUUGAGCAAUGGGUUCGAAAUGCUGCUCAAAAGGCCCCAAUGGAUAUGGGCAAUCUACUGUCGAAAUUCCUGAGGAUCAAAGCCGAAGAUGAACUCCACGUGCAAAGGAAAGAACAGGCUGCUCCGCAGAUGGUUUGCCUAGCGGUGAAGACGGUCUAUACUCUGCUGUCACUCUUGGAAGAGUAUGUCAGCGACCGUGAAACUCUCACUUCCGUUCAGCGCAUUUGCGUUCAAACCUAUCCUCGACUCAUUAAUUACGGCGAGGGAUUUGACGACAUCAUCGAUGCCAACGGCGAGAACGGAAACGCCAUACCUGAGGCGAUCGACAAGCAAAUGCAGGAACUAUUCGGCAAGAUGUACCAUGAGGAGCUCUCUUUGCGUGAAAUCCUGGAGUUGAUGAGACGAUACAAGACAUCUCGUGAUCCCGCCGAACAAGACCUGUUUACUUGCAUGGUUCACGGCCUUAUUGAUGAAUACCAUUGCUAUCACGAGUACCCGUUAGAGGCCCUGACCAAAACAGCGGUCAUGUUUGGUGGCAUAAUCAAUUUCAGGUUAAUCGACGGUAUUCCGCUCAAGGUUGGCCUGGGCAUGAUCUUGGAAGCGGUGCGAGAUCACGAGCCGCAUGACCCUAUGUAUAAGUUUGGUGUGGAAGCGAUCGAGCAACUUCUGAGUCGCCUUCCAGAAUGGCCCGGGUUCUGUCACCUUCUCCUACAAAUACCGACUCUUCAAGGCACAACCAUAUCCCAGAAGGCCGAGGAAGUCAUGAGAGAACAGGGCCACCAGGCAGCAGGUGAGACGGAGACAGCGAGAUUGAACGGGACUUCAGAAGGACAGGCUAUGACAAACGGCAACGUAGAUGAAUCCGCUUCUCGCGUGUUCCGCUCAUUACAUGUUGAUCCUCCACUGCGUCCCGAUAUUUACCAAGACCCGUCCGAGGAAAUCCAAGACAAGAUCCUUUUUGUCUUGAAUAACGUAUCAGAACAGAACAUUGAAGAGAAGUUGCGAGAUUUGAAAGAGGUGCUUCGGGAUGAGCAUCAUCAAUGGUUCGCUUCUUAUCUCGUUGAAGAACGGGCCAAACUGCAGCCGAACUUUCAGCAACUCUACCUCGAUCUCUUGGAGCUUCUCGGCGACAAGAUGCUAUGGGCAGAGGUUCUCCGAGAAACGUAUGUUAGUGCGAUCCGGCUGUUGAACGCUGAGUCGACUAUGAACUCGUCUACUGAGCGCAGUCACCUCAAAAAUCUUGGGGCUUGGCUCGGAUCCUUGACAAUCGCGAAAGACAAGCCCAUCAAGCAUAAGAACAUCUAUUUCAAGGAACUUCUCAUCGAAGGAUACGAUAGCCAGCGUCUCAUGGUAGUGAUCCCGUUCACAUGCAAAGUGUUGCUGCAGGCCGCCAAGUCGACCGUCUUCAAACCGCCAAAUCCCUGGUUAAUGGACAUCUUGGCCGUGCUAAUCGAGCUUUAUCAUUUUGCCGAGUUGAAAUUGAAUCUCAAAUUCGAGAUAGAAGUCCUCUGCAAGGACCUUGAGCUCGACCACAAGACUAUUGAACCUUCAUCUAUUAUUCGAGAUCGUUCCCAGCAAGGUGGCGAAGAUGGGAUCACAGCAAAUGUUCCUGAAGGUUUGGAAGGGUUUGAAGACAUGUCCCUGGCGAGCAUCAACCAGGGCAUGCGCACUGAGAGGUUAUCUCCUGCUGCGAUCAUGUCAACACUUCCAAGCCUGGAUAAAAUCCUCGUCUUCCCAUCUUCUGCGAGCAGUAUGAUUGAUCCGAAUAUUCUCCGACAAAUCGUUCAUACUGCUGUUGAACGCGCCAUUGCAGAGAUAAUAACCCCGGUUGUGGAACGUUCAAUCACCAUUGCUUCGAUCUCAACGGCUCAGCUGGUUUCAAAAGAUUUUGCGAUGGAACCUGACGAAGAGAAAGUGCGUCACGCUGCCCGCACAAUGGUCCGACAGCUCGCCGGCAGCUUGGCUCUGGUGACUUGCAAAGAGCCCCUGAAAAUGAGUAUGACAAACUACAUCCGGAUGAUUCAACAAGAAUACUCUGAUCAACCGAUGCCGGAGGGGUUGAUUCUAAUGUGUGUUAAUGAUAACCUUGACGCUGCUUGUGGGAUUGUUGAGAAGGCCGCCGAAGAGAGGUCUAUCCCCGAAAUAGAGAAGGUCAUCGAGCCUCAACUCGAAGCCCGCCGUCGCCACCGAGCAACCCGUCCAAACGAACCGUUCAUUGAUCCGUCUAUGAAUCGAUGGGGCCUGUUUAUUCCCGAGCCGUAUCGACAGGUUCCUGGCGGAUUGAAUAAAGAACAACUUGCGAUAUAUGAGGAGUUUGCUCGGCAAACAAGGGGUCCAGGGUCGAGUCAUGUUCAAAAUGUUUCAACUGACUCUGGUAGGCAGCUGCCUGAUGUGCUUCAAGAAUCCUACCCGGCAAUUCCGAACCUCUCGACUCCCGCAGAGCAGCCCGCUGUUCCGCACCAGACUCCCCAACAUCAACAAGAUGCUCGUUUGCAGCAGGCCUCUGCUGUCAACGCGCAGCCGCAGUUGAACGGCUUCCUCGAGCAGAGUCCCAGAGAAAAGGUUGAGAGUCUUGUGUCCGCGCUUCAGCGAGACGCUCGAAGCGCCCCUGAGGAACACAUCAAAGACCUUGGCCGGGACAGUGCUGUACUGCAAGACUAUAACCAGAUCCUGCGAACUAUCCUCUCCUCUCCGAAUGGCGAAGACUUGGCAAGGUUGACAUGCCUCAAAAUAUGCACGAGCCUCUACUCUCAAACGGAACGCUCUCUGGAAAUCGAAAUCCUCGUUCAUCUAUUGGCGAAGAUUUGCGAUAUGUCAUCAAUAGUGGCGAGAUACACUUGGGCAAUUCUCUCCGAGGUCGAUGACGAGCACAUGUUCAAUGUUCCGGUCACUGUUGCCCUCAUCGAUGCGGGCUUGCUGGAUCUUCGUCGCGUCGAUAUGAUUCUGACUAAGUUGAUACUCCAAAAGAACACGAGUGCGCUGGACCUUCUUGCCAACCUCUUGGACCGUGUCCUAUUCAACGACGAACCGUCUGCGCUGAGAUCUGAUUUCUCCGGCAGUCUCGAGGCCAUGAACCAGUGGCUCGUUGAAGAUCCAAGCCUGUCGGUCGCGGCCGAUAUCGUUCGCAAGCUGCGUGAAUCUGGCGUUCCAGAGGUUGUUAACCCGCUCCUUAGUGACAAAGCAAGGUCCAAGCGUGAUCAGAUGGAGUACAUAUUCAGCGAGUGGAUUGGAGUUUACAAGUUUCCAGGUGCAACCGACCGCACUUACUAUACUUUCCUCAAAGAUAUGCACCAGCGGCAGGUGAUGAACAACCAGGAAGAUUCAGCUCUGUUCUUCAGACUCAGCAUUGACAUUUCCGUCGCAAUGUUUGAACAUGAGUCUCAGAAUCCUAACGGCAGUCUGGACGAAGCCUUCCUAUAUAUAGAUGCGCUUGCAAAACUGGUUGUCUUGCUGGUCAAAUUCCAAGGCGAGAGCACUGGUGCGGUCAAGGUCAGCAAAUCCGCGUAUCUGAAUUCUAUCCUCUCGCUGCUGGUGCUAGUCCUGAACCACCAUCAUGUCAUGAGGGGAGAGGCCUUCAAUCAACGAGUCUUCUUCAGGCUGUUCUCAAGCAUCCUCUGCGAGUACGCCCUGUCCGGGCUCCAACAGAGUGAUCAGCACCAGGACAUGAUGUUUGCUUUCGCCAACAAGUUCCUGUCACUCCAGCCCAAAUACAUUCCCGGUUUCGUGUACGGAUGGUUGUCACUGGUGUCUCACCGGGUGUUCAUGUCCGGCAUGCUCAAUAUGCCUAAUGAAGCGGUAAGUUUAGGACUUCUGUUGAGAAAUAAUUUGAAGCCGGGAACUGUCUCAUACGUUGCCAAGGAUCUCUAUAAGGGAGUUCUCCGGAUUCUGCUGAUCUUGCACCACGACUUCCCGGAAUUUGUGGCAGAGAACCAUUUCCAAUUCUGCAACGUCAUUCCUGCGCAUUGUGCCCAGCUAAGGAAUCUUGUCCUCAGCGCUUAUCCUUCAUCUUUCCACAAGCUGCCAGACCCUUUCAGGGAAGGCCUCAAGGUUGAGCGGCUCGAGGAGAUGCGUGAGGCGCCGAAAAUUGCUGGAGACAUUGUGGCCCCUCUUCAGAAGGCGAAUAUCAAAAACGCCGUCGAUACGGCAUUGCAGAGCAACACGGCAAGCGAGGCAGCUAUCCAAACAAUAUGCGAGGCCAUCUACAACCCGAGCAGUAAAGACACCGGUCUCUUCUUAACGCCGAUAAAUGUUGAUGUUGUUCUCGUGAACGCGCUCGUUCUGUACAUCGGCCAACAGGCUGUCUCCGCGGCUGCCGCCAAAGGUAGCACUCGAGCUGCUUUCGAAGAUUCUCCACACACUGCCUUGCUCGGGAGACUGGCAAAAGCCCUCCGUCCAGAGGGGCGUUACUAUCUGCUGAGCGCUAUGGCGAAUCAACUGCGAUACCCUAAUAGUCAUACUUAUUAUUUCAGCUUUGCCAUCCUUCAACUGUUCGGGGUUGAUUACUCUGAGCAGCAAGAUUCGGACAUUCGCCAGCAGAUCAUCCGAGUGCUUCUCGAACGACUUAUUGUUCAUCGUCCGCACCCAUGGGGCCUGAUUAUCACCCUCCAGGAACUUCUGCAAAAUAGGAGCUACACGUUCUUCCGCCUGCCUUUCAUUCAGGCAGCACCCGAGAUUGGCCGUCUCUUUGACGCCCUUCUUCAACAUAUCCAGCAACAAAGCCCCAGGGCUCUUUCUCAGAUUGGCUUCGACGUAGUCGCCCUAACAGGCUUAGUUGUUGCCACAGUUGCGUACUGGAUUUUUUACUUCAAUUUCGUACCGCAGGUUGGACUCGAGCGCGUUGUGCACUUACAAUUCGGUGAUGGAAACCCCUGGGGAACUGCUUCUCUGGGUUCAGAGUUGGCCUCCCAUCAGCCCUACGACGUGAGCGUAACGUUGCAGCUGCCUCGCACACCUUCCAACCUUGCCGCUGGCAACUUCAUGCUCGACUUGUCUUUGUUUUCCCGCCCGUCAAGUUCUAUCAUUACCGGAACCAACACGUCCACGAGCCUGAUAGCGCAUUCCCGACGGCCUGCGAUAUUGACUUAUGCAUCUCCGAUUGUGGAUACAGCCUAUAAGGUUUCUCGCAUGCCGCUUUACCUACUUGGUUGGCAGCGAGAGGCAGAAACUUUGGAAGUAAAUAUGAUGGAAUCGGUCGAGUUUGCCAGAGGCUGGCGCAACUUGCCCGGUAGCUUGAGACUCGAGAUUCAAAGCAGAGAACAGAUGCAAGUAUACAGUGCCAUUGUGAAGUUCAAGGCAAAUUUUACAGGGCUACGAUGGAUUAUGUACAACUGGAGGAUACUGUCAUUCAUCGUAUUCACGUCCAUGUUUUGGGGGGUAUCAAUGGUGUCCACUAGUGUCGCCUGGCUGUUGUUGUCUUCGUAUCUUAGCCCCAACAACAGCCAGAGUGAACAGCCCAUAAAGAGGGAGGAUUCCGGUGAAGAUGAUGGCCAUGGCGAGUCCGAGGAAGAAUCAGCCGAUCCCUUCUCUGGAGACUUGUCUGAUAACCAGCGCAUCCUCCCAACUGUUCCACGGCAGAUGCCACAGGGAUAUCCAGGACGCGCGAAAAGUGAAGACGAGGGCAUAAUUAAGCAGGAGGAAAUCGAGGGAUCAUCUGCCAUUUCUCCUCUCGCAGGGGAAGCCGAUGAUGAAGCCGAGCAGGUGGAAGCUAUGGGAGCUGCCGGCAAUUUUGAUUCGGGCAUCGGUACCGGCCUGGACAGUGGGAGUACCGGUGUCCAGCGCCGCAGGAGUCGUUUAUUUGACGACCGUAGUCAUGAUGCCCAGGAAGAUUAA